UCAAAAUUCUGCUGAAUGUCCUCAGUGAAAUGGACUGUGACUGAAUUUUUUCCAACUAUUUUUUUUUUUCCUGAACCUGCAAAGUCCAUCGCCCUUUCAGCACACGUUUGCUGAAGCUGCUGGAAAAUGCUAUAGCACUGCAUUUUGCAGAGGGUUUGGUAAACCCUAGGGAAUAGCUGUAAAGAAAGUAACAAAUGGCACCAUUUCAGAGGUUAAACUGGUUUCUGUGCCAAAUGUACAAUUGGAUUACCAUAGUCAUCUUGAACAUGUAAGGUAUCUAGUUUGUUUUGCAGUUUAUCUAUAACUUUAAGAUGGUGUGGAAAAAUAACAAGCAUACACUUAGUUAUGUCACUUGCAGUAAUUUCAGCAUUUGUUACAUGACCAGCACAGUGCUAGAAACCAUAAAAUUUUGCCAAAGUCAAGCUGCAUAUAGGGUUAGAGGUUUAGAAUGAUUUAAAAUGGACUAAUUUGGGAUCAAUUGGCAAUACUUCUCUUUUUAAGAUGCCCUCAUGAUGGUAAUUUUUAAAUUAACAAAAUUUGGAAAACAGGCUCAGAAGGAAAGUCAUGUAAUUUUCCUUUUCAGUCUUUUCAAUUUAGCCUCACUUAAACUUUUUUUAAAUCCCUUGGAGAAUGGUAGCUUUGAGUUUUGUGUACACAAUUUGAAGGAUUUGUAAAGUAUUCUGAAACUGGAAUAUAAGUCCUGAAUAUUGUUAGAAUAGACUAGUGAAUUCAGAGCAUAAAAGGCAUUCUAAAAUAGUUUUUAUUUUAACUGUUACAACACCACUUUACAUUUAAAAAUGAAUAACUGGCUGGCAGACAAUACUGCCAGCAAGCAUUUAAGUUUUCUGAGGAACUACUCUUGAACUUGGUUGUGUGGUAUGGUGGUGUUUUGUGUUCUUUUUUUGGGAGGGGGGGGGGUUUUUUUUUUUUUAUUAGAUGUUAGGAAUAAAUGGAUAACUCUUGAAGUGAAGUCAAAUUUACAACUGCUGACACCAAACCUGAAAUUUUAAGAUGGCCUGAGUUUGGCUUCACUAGGGUAUAGAAAUUUGGUGUUGUCAAAACCCAUAUGGUUAUAAGGAUGUAGUGUGGUGACACUUUUUUUUUUUUUCUUUCUCCCCCCCCCCCCCCCCCCCCAAAAAAAACCAAACAAACCCCAAAAAACAAAAAAACAACAAACCCAAACAAACAAAACACUACAGCGUUUGGUACUUGCUGGUAGCAGGUUAUUUCCUACAGCAAAAGUUAAGGCGAAUCAAUGCAGCUAAAGCUUUUCAGUGCCCAAGUAGAUAAAGAAUAGCAUAAUGGUUAUCCCUUAAAAUGUUAGCAGAUUACACUUGUACAAAGAUGGAAAGUUUUUUUGCAACCUUUCCACUAGCUAACUUACUGUACUCAGUAGUGGGGAAUCUAGUAUAAGUAAUUUCUACAGUUAUCAUGCACAUGUCCAUUCACUUUUUUUCUCUUCCUUCCUGAAAUGACUAGAAAGCCAAACAGUUGUAUUUAAGGCUUAUUGGUACCCCCCUCAGGCAACUAUUUUAAUUCUCUCAAAGGCCACACAGAAAUAAUAAGUUGCAUGUUUGGCCAGGGGAAGGAUUCAUUUAAUCCAGGAUUUAAAAAAGAAAAGAAAAAAGAAACUAAUUCUCUGACAUACACUAUGACUUGGGUUUCUAGGUCAUUGUGCCAGUCUAGGACAAUUUUGACAGUAACACCAAUUUCAGAUGGCCUAUGGGGGGGGGGACCCAUAAACUUUUGAGAUCUUGUAACAAGUUCAUAUCGAACUUGGCAAAAAAAAAAAAAUACACUUUAUGCAAUAUUUUCCUUGAUCAUUUAUACUUGUAAGUUGGUCAUUAAAGAACAUCCAUCCUGGUCUUCAAGCAAAAAGGCUGGGAUGAAAAACCCAAAUAAAUAUUAAGGCACAGAUUCAAGUGUCAUCAGUUACCUUUUUGCAUGCUCGAAGCUGCUGUUUCCCUGGAGUUGACUUUUCCUCAGUUUCCACCACUUUGAGACACCUUCUAAAUUUUGGGGACAAACCGAGUAUUUGCCGUAGGGCAAUUCUGAAAACUGCUCACAGGAAGGAAUUGAGGCAAAUCAGAACUGCUCCAGCACAGUAAGAUUGAUAUAUAUAACAUUUAACUUGCAGCCCAUCUACUAGUCUUGGACAGCUGUAGCUGGUGAUGAAAGAAUCAAGUGGCUGGAAGGAGGCUAGCUUUGAAGCAGUUUAAAAAGCCUGAAAACAGGCAAAUCCUAGUGCAAAAGUGCUAAUGUAGUAUGAGGGCUAUGAAGAUUUCUGGGAGCCUAGCUGUCAGACUACAGUCAAGGGAUGUGUGAUCUGAGGUGCUUAAGUCUGAAAAGAAAUCUCAAGGUUUGUGUGUAUGUUGUCUUAAAGAUAUUAAAGAUUUGAAAAUAACUGUGCCUAUGUCACUAAAUAUUGCCUCUUAAAUUCUUUACUUUUGACAGUGAAAAUAGGUCAAUCUUGCUUUCCAGCUUUUAUGCAGUAAUACAAUGCUGUUGGGAUUCCUUUUUAAUCUUUGAACAUAUGGAAAAUUCUUUCUAUUAGAUUUUUUGUAAGCAAAAUUCUGAGAAAUUUAGUUAACCUUUAAAUAAAAUUUUAUAGUUGAGAACAUCAUCUGCCUUCUGACUGCUUAUUUCCCAAGACAGAUGACAUGACUGAGAGGUAGUUAGCAGUGUUACACUUCAUGGCAAUCAAGAUAUCGCUAGUGCUAAUAUCUCAUAUCCAAAAGAUCUUGUUAUGUUUGAGGGGAUAUUUUUAUUAUUCUGCAUUUUGAAAACACAAACCACUGAAGUGUUUUUCAGUUAUUACCACUUUAUUGAGUGUGUGUGUGUGUGUGUGUAGUACUUGAUUAGUUUCCUAUUGGAUAGUCAAAAUAAGUAACCACCCUGCACUAAAGGAGGGGGUACAUACUAGAUUUUUUUUUUUUUUACUUUAAACAUUUUAUUGGAUGUACAAAUUUUAUCCACACCAGUGGUUUUCAACUUUUUUUUAUUUGCAGACCCUUUGGAAAUUUCAAAUGGAGUUUUGGACCACUUUGAAUUGUCCAAGAAGCCUUACCUCAACCACCGGAUGUUCCCUGUCACAACCUCGAACCAGGGGAUUGGAUCUACGUAAAGGUCUAUCAACGGAAAAACGCACUUCAACCCAGAUGGAAAGGACCUUUCCAGGUACUUCUGACCACUAAUUCUGCUGUUCGUUGCCAAGGUCACCAAACGUGGACUUACGCCUCGUGCUGCAAGAAGGUAUCACCUCCAUUGGACCCCGAAGCAGCUGUAUUCCAACCAAGGUUGGGAUCUUUCCCUGAGGCCAAGGACAAAAACCCUCAGAACCUCACUCAGGCAAGUGAGGAGCAUCAGGGUGCAAGUGCUAGUAACCUCUCCCCUGAACCCAACACCUCAGCCCAGCCGGAUUCAUCAGUUGAAAAACGAAGAUAUCAUCUUCGGCCUUGAAGAAAAUGAAUGCUCCCAUUCGGAAGAUCACCACCUCGAUCAAGACCAAGAGCCGACAUUAUCAGUCCUUUAGGUAACUUGAGCCCAGAGGAUGAAGAAAGACUUUGGCUGCCAUCCUGGGUUUGGCUGGUAGUGUUCUUUUUCUUACUGGUGCUGAUUAUGUUUGUUGUUAAGAUUCUUUGUCCCUCCUGUAUCUAAAAAUGGCACUGAUAUCCUUAUAUAUCACACUUGGGUAUCUCAGUAUCACCCAAGGGGGGUGGGAGAAAAAUUUGUAUUUGCAGAUCUCCCGUACGGUGGCUCAAGCUGAAAAUAAAAGUGACUGCUGGAUAUGCUCUCACAGCCCAGCACACCUACACCAAGGAAUCCCAAUGAUCGGAGUACCAAUAUCCCUCCAGCAAUGGGGAACAAUAAACGGCAGCUUCGUUAGACACUACUCGUUAGCUGCCCAUCGGUCCGCUCCUAAAGAAUGGAGGGCCGCCCCUGCUAACUGGAUAAUCUCCCCAAGAGUAGAGGCGCCUUUCUGUUACAGAUCCAACAACACCGGAGCUUAUAAUAAAGCCACACCUGUAGGACACUACCCUCAUUGCCUAACUACUCUAGAUUAUAGCCCUAGUAGCACCAGUGGAAUCCUGUUGGGUAACAUACCCUCUCUCAAUUGUACAGGAUUCAUGGUCUACAACUUUUCUAAGGAACCUCAUGUUGCUCUCAUUACAAACAGAUCGGAAUUUUACAUUGACUCCAAUUUUACUUCUUGUAAUAUAUCUCGGUCCAGCAGGAUAGCAGCUGAACGUGGUCCGUCCUAUACGAUGCAUAUCAAUCGAAAGUGCCGGGUAUGGCACAACACCUGUCAAGAUUUGAGUACCCUUUCUGCCCCAGGCCUUUACUGGCUCUGCGGAAACAGGGCUCUUAAAAUCUUGCCCUGGAAUUGGGUGGGGGCAUGCACUCUUGGACGUGUUAUCCCUGGUUUCGAAAUGCAUAGUGCAAUAUAUCUGGAACAAGUAAAAAAUUUCAACCAUCACAUGAAAAGGGCAGUUAACCCCUUAGCUACCAGAAACACAGGGUUCCAUCGAUUUGUGAGAACCUUCAUACCAUGGCUUGGAGUAAGAGAAUUGGAACUAGCCAUAAUUAACAUUUCAGCCACAAUGGAAGCUAUGAGAAAUACCACUGCGGAUGCAAUUCAGGCUCUGCAAAAAGAGAUCUCCCAGAUGUCACAAGUAACUAUACAACACCGCAUAGCCCUAGAUUACCUUUUGGUAUCCCAGGGAGGAGUAUGUGCCUUAGUAAACUCCACCUGUUGUGUCUAUGUCAAUCAGGACAUGUGAAUCGAAACUGACAUUCGCAAAAUCCGAAAUCAGUUAAGGGUCUUACAUCAAGUGGCCUCAAAAAAUACUGACUGGGGUCUAGAAGAAAUGUGGUCUUGGCUAACCUCCUGGCUCCCAGAUUUCGGGGCCCUUGGCAAGAAAAUCCUGUAUGGAAUAUUGUUUGUCUUGAUAGUUCUAAUAAUGUUUUAUGUCUUAGUGCAACUGAUCCUCUGCUGCGUAAAAGCCAGCAGGAGAAGCUUUAGCAAGGCAAGAAAACCCACAGCAGAGUCUAGAAUAAUGGUGUUACAAAAGUGUGAGCACAUGGAAAGAAAACAUGAAAGGCUGCAUGAUGAAAUAGAGGGGCUCAUGAGAAUGAAAGUUUAAGGCUAAAGUGAGACUAAAUAGUCUCAAAGGGGGGGGCUGUGGAAUCAGAAAAAAUAUAUGCCUUAAACUUUGAUUAGUUUAGUUAUAAGAUGACAUAACUGCUUUGUGGAGAAUUGCUGGCUCUGUACAGUAGAACAGAUAAGGGCAAGUGUUUGUUCUUUGUAACUCCUCUGCAACUGCUUCGCUCACCGCGGCCUUGAAGAUAGCAAAAAGUAUGUACAAAGUAGAUUUUCAGGUACAAGAAGGAGGUUUGUGAACUAACCUCGCCUCCCCCAUUAUAGAUUCAUAGAUUCAUAGAUGUUAGGGUCGGAAGGGACCUCAAUAGAUCAUCGAGUCCGACCCCCUGCAUAAGCAGGAAAGAGUGCUGGGUCUAGAUAACCCCAGCUAGAUACUCAUCUAACCUCCUCUUGAAGACCCCCAGGGGAGGGGAGAGCACCACCUCCCUUGGCAGCCCGUUCCAGACCUUGGCCACUCAAACUGUGAAGAAGUUCUUCCUAAUGUCCAAUCUAAAUCUGCUCUCUGCUAGC